UGACCCACCAUUGUCAUGGAGUUAGUUUUUGGCGGCACCAUUUUUUCUCUCCUCCCCGAUGAUAGAGUUCCUAAUCGUUUAACAAUGUUGCAGAAAACCCUAUUUUCAGCCAUGGAAUCGGUCAUCAGCAUGAUGAGAGAAGUGGAGGUCCAGGAGAAAGCAGUGGAUAUUGUUCAAGAGGAAGCUUCUAGGGGAGGUUUGGAUAUCAUGGUCAAGGUGGAGGAGCUUAAACAGAUGUUGGCACAUGCAAAAGACGCAAAUGACAUGCAUGCUGGAGAAGUCUUUGGGGAGAAAGCAAUUUUAGCAACUGAAGCGAGGGAGCUUCAGUCUCGAUUGCUCAACUUAUCAGAUGGGAGAGAUAAAUCACUUGUGAUUCUUAAUGAGAGUAUAAAGGAUUAUGCAGCAGCGGAGAAGAACAUGAAGGUUUGUGCUUGA